CUAUCGGAUGUUCUAUUUUUGAAAGAAAAUGAGUAUAGCGAUCAACAAAUCGCUCAUUUUGGAGCCGCAAAUUUGGAUAAACUUCGAAACACUAUAAUCGCUGCAUACAUGGAUUCGAAUGUGAAAUUCGAUAAUAAUUUGUAUAACGAAAUUUCAGAAAUAUUA